AUGAAGUUCAAGCUGUGCGGAGUGGGCUGCGGGCGGUUGGGGACGCUGAUGGGCCUGGGCAAGAACGGGGCUGCCGCCCUGGCGCUGCCAGGUUGCCUGCUGUACACGCGCACCGGCUCGGCGCCCCACCUCACCCACGACAGCCUGCAGAUGGUCAGCGGCGUCCCCACUGUGGCCCAGCUCACCUUGCCCACCGUGGCAGAACUUCAUGAGGUACUGGAAGAAUAUAAAGAAGGAGCUGCAAAAUUUAUAGGUAUGCCAGACACGGUGCUCUACUGCUCCCUUCUUGACCCAGUUGCUCCCUGUCCAUCUGGCUACAACACUAACAAGACAGUGUCCCUGUGGGGCACCUCAGGGCGGAUGGAAUUGACAGCUUCCAAGUUCAUGGACAUACAGCGAGCCAUCCAGCCAGACUGGUUCCAGUGCAUCUCUGAUGGAGACACCAUUUCUGGGGAAGUUAGUAGAAAAAGGGCCGAGAAGUCUGUGGAUAGAUCUCUUUCCUUCCUGGAUAUAUGCCUUCAGCUGCUAGAAAAAUCACCGGAACUACAAGGAAGUGUAAUGUUUGGAGCAAUUGAAGGUGGAGAUAUCUUGGAAGAGAGGCUCAGAUCAGCCAGGGAGACUGCCAAGCGACCUGUGGGUGGCUUUCUGCUAGAUGGCUUCCAGGGAUCUGCCAUGGCCAAGGAGACCAAGUUGAAACUGAUAGCUUCUGUCACAGCAGAGCUGCCAGAGGAUAAACCAAGAAUCAUCCAUGGUAUAGGCAAACCAGAUGAGGUGCUUGAGUGCAUUGAAAGGGGAGUGGACAUUUUUGAGAGCUUCUUUCCCUUCCAAGUGACAGAGCGAGGCUGUGCCUUGGUUUUCAGUUAUGACUGCCAUUCAGAUCCUGAAGCAGCAGCUUUAAAACAAAAUGGGGCCCAGGACAUGGAGAAGAAUGGUGCUGAAGACCAGGAUGAAAUCUCCAAACCUGACCCAGAAAUGACACCAUUUGAGAUAUUUCUGAAGGACAAAAGAUACCAAGAUGAUUUUGGACCUUUGCUGGAAGGAUGCACCUGUUACUGUUGUCAGAGGCACACUCGUGCCUAUGUCCAUCACCUUCUCGUGACCAAUGAGCUGUUGGCUGGUGUCCUGCUUAUGAUGCACAACUUCCAGCAUUACUUCAGUUUCUUCAGUGCCAUACAGGAUGCCUUAAGAGACAAUAAACUGGAUCAGCUGAAAAAGCUCAUAUUCAGGCAGGUGCUUCAAGGACCAGCAAAUGCAAAGCCAGGCCAGUGA